GACUGUGAAUAAAGUACAGCAUUGUGAUUUCUAAUCCCACUCCAGUGACUUGAUUUUAAAUGUGGAUUUGGAGUGAAUCCCGGCAUCCUGUUUGCUAAGCUUCCUACUCCUGUUUCAGAGGCAUCACUGGAUGUUGAGGAGAGAACACUGACGGCUGCCCUGUUCCAUUUAGAACUUGUUGCUUUUCAGAACUCUGUAUCUGUAAAUCAUUGGAAAGAAAUCAAUGGCUACCAAAGUGAUCUAUUUGUUUUUCUUUUUUUCUUUGCCUCUGCUCCCAGUGGGAAAUCACACGGGACGCAUAAAGGUGGUCUUUACGCCCAGCAUUUGUAAAGUGACUUGUAAAAAAGGCACCUGUCAAAACAGCUGUGAGAAAGGAAAUACGACAACGCUGAUUAGUGAAAAUGGGCAUGCUGCUGACACCUUGACAGCUCCCAACUUCCGAGUAGUUAUUUGCCACCUUCCUUGCAUGAACGGUGGGCAGUGCAGCUCAAGAGACAAGUGCCAAUGUCCUCCUAAUUACACUGGUAAACUUUGUCAGAUCCCUGUGCAGAGUGGAAGUCCUUCGCAACUUUAUCAUAAUUCUCAACAAGUAAGCAAAACUGUGGGAUCUCAUGUCAUCCAUUCCACGCAUACCUUACCACUGACUGUGCCUGGGCAGCAAGGAGCCAAAGUAAAAAUCCCUCCUAACUUUGUAAAUAUCCAUGUUAAACAUCCACCUGAAGCUUCAGUGCAAUUUCAUCAAGUUUCAAGGAUUGACAGCACAUCAGCAGGGCAAAAACCAAAACCAAAGCCCCCCACCUCAGGACAUUCCCAGAGUCCUUAUCAAAACCUACCAUUUCAGAAGACCCAGAAAAUUCAUUCAACCUUCAUUCACCAGCAGCCUAUCAGUCAUAGUUUUCCUGUUUCUGCUAAAGCACAACUUGGACGAUGUUUCCAGGAGACAGUUGGGACCCAGUGUAGCAAAGCACUUCCUGGCCUCUCCAAGCAAGAAGAUUGCUGUGGGACUGUGGGAACUUCCUGGGGUUUUAACAAGUGCCAAAAAUGUCCAAAGAAACCAGCUUAUUUUGGAUAUAGCCAGGUAGUGGAUUGUCCACAAGGUUACAAGAGAAUUAAUGCAACGUUUUGUCAAGACAUUAAUGAAUGCCAGUUACAAGGGGUUUGCCCUAAUGGUGAGUGUUUAAAUACCAUGGGCAGCUAUAGGUGUACCUGCAAACUGGGAUUUGUACCAGAUCCUACUUUUUCCAGAUGUAUCCUUGAUAAUCCCAUGGUCAUUGAAGAGAAAGGGCCCUGCUACCGGUAUGUCAGUGCAGGAAAGCAGUGUAUGCACCCUCUCUCUGUUCAGCUCAGCAAGCAGCUCUGCUGUUGCAGUGUUGGCAAGGCCUGGGGCCCCCACUGUGAAAAAUGUCCCCUUCCAGGAACAGCUGCUUUUAAGGAAAUCUGCCCUGGUGGAAUGGGCUAUACGGUUUCUGGCUCUCACAGAAACAAGCUAUACCAUCACCCUGCAGUUAGAGUUCAGACACCUGUCUUUGGCAAGACCCAGAUUACUCAUCCUGUUGCUAAAGGUCCUUCUCCUCCACCUCUCCCAGCAAAGGAAGAGCCAGUGGAGGCACUGACCAUCUCACAGAAAAGUGAGCCCGAGGUUGCUGUGCGAGAAGAGCAAUGUUUUGAUAUACAGGUGGAAUGCUAUAUUGAAUAUCUCAUUAAAGCUUUAUUUAUUUGUCCUUUAAGUCAUGGGAGUGGACAAACUGUACCAGGAGAUGCUAGUACUAAAGUGGUGGAGAAAACCUCUCCCCCGCUGCCCGUAGAAGUUGGACCAGAUGUCUCCACUUCAAGUGCUAGUCAAGUGAUAGCACCAACUCAAGUUACAGAAAUCAAUGAGUGUACAGUAAAUCCAGACAUCUGUGGACAAGGACAUUGUAUUAACUUGCCUGUGGGAUACACCUGCUUAUGCUAUGAUGGAUAUAGGCUUAAUGAUCAACAAACAAAAUGUUCUGAUAUUAAUGAAUGUUCUCAGACUCCUCAUCUCUGCUCCCUUGGGCGUUGUGAAAAUACAGAAGGAAGCUUCCUGUGCAUUUGCAAGGCCGGGUUCAUGGCCAAUGAACAAAGAACAGAUUGUGUUGAUGUUGAUGAAUGUGCCAGGCCUGAUAUCUGUGGAGAAGGGCUCUGUGUAAACACCAUUGGUUCAUAUAAAUGUGAAUAUUGCGACAGGGGAUUCCAGAUGAACAGAAGGGGCCAGUGUGAAGACCUUGAUGAAUGCUCAGUCCCACAUACAUGUCCAGAUGCAGAAUGUAUUAAUGCUCCUGGUUCUUACCAAUGUGUCCCUUGUAGAGAUGGAUUCAGAGCGUGGAACGGAAAGUGUCAUGAUGUAAAUGAAUGUCAGUAUAGCAGUCUUUGCACAAAUGGCCAGUGUGAAAACCUUGAGGGAUCUUUCAGAUGCCUUUGUAGCCAAGGUUAUCAACUUUCCCCAGCAGGAGAUCAGUGUGAAGAUGUAGAUGAAUGUCAGCAGCAGCAACAGCAGCAGCUCUGCAGAAAUGGACAAUGCAGAAAUGUAGCUGGAUCUUACAGGUGUAUUUGUGAGCAAGGCUAUCAGUUAUCACAUGCAAGAGAUUAUUGUGAAGAUAUUAAUGAAUGCCAAGAAGACAAGAAUGUUUGUCGUGGGGGAACUUGUAUUAAUACCAAAGGGUCUUAUGAGUGUACAUGUCCAGAGGGCUUCCAGUUAAUUCCUUCUAGAGGUUGUCAAGAUAUCAAUGAAUGUGCAGGAUCCAACCUCUGUUCCUCCCAUGGAAAAUGUUUAAAUACUGAGGGUUCUUUCCGCUGCAUUUGUGAACAGGGUUUUAUGGUUUCUAGAGAUGGCCGAACAUGUGAAGAUAUGGAUGAAUGUGCAAACAGUACUAUAUGCGGUGACCAUGGUUUCUGUGAAAAUUCUCCCGGCUCCUACCGCUGUCUUUGUUAUCAGGGAUAUCAAUAUCUACAGGAUGGGCAGGGCUGUGUGGAUGUGAAUGAAUGUGAAAUGCUAAGUGGGGUAUGUGGCGAAGCUCUCUGUGAAAAUGUGGAAGGCUCCUUCCUGUGUCUGUGUUCCAAUGAAAACCAGGAAUACGACCCAAUGAGUGGACUGUGUCAGUUCCGCUCCUCAACAGAGGUUCCAGACAGAACCAAAGAAACCGUGGAAAAGAAAGAAUGUUACUACAAUCUAAAUGACGCAAAUUUUUGUGAUAAUGUAUUAACAUCCAAUGUUACAAAGCAAGAAUGCUGUUGUACUUUGGGCGCUGGCUGGGGUGACAACUGUGAAAUAUUCCCAUGUCCUGUGCUUGGAAGUGCUGAAUUUAUUGAGCUGUGUCCUGAAGGGAAAGGGUUCAUACCAUCUGAAGAACCACAUUAUGGAGAUGUUACACAUAGUUACAAAGAUGCUGAUGAAUGCCAGCUCUUUGGCCAAGAAAUAUGUAAAAAUGGCUUCUGUUUAAACACGCAGCCAGGUUAUGAAUGUUACUGCAAACAGGGUACAUAUUAUGAUCCUAUAAAACUUCAGUGCUUUGAUACAGAUGAAUGUCAGGACAUCAGCAGCUGUAUUGAUGGCCAGUGCAUCAAUACUGAAGGCUCCUACAGUUGUUUCUGCACACACCCAAUGGUUCUGGAUUCUACAGGAAAGCAGUGCAUCAGACCAGCAGAAUCUAGUGAGCAAACUGAAGAAAGUGACGUCUAUCAGGAUCUUUGCUGGCAACAUCUGAAUGAAGAUUUUGUUUGCAGUCAACCUCUUGUUGGGAAGCAGACUACUUAUACUGAAUGCUGUUGUUUAUACGGCGAUGCAUGGGGCAUGCAGUGUGCCCUGUGCCCCAUGAAAAACUCAGAGGACUAUGCCCAGCUAUGCAACAUUCCUGUACCUGGAUCCCGGCCAUACGGACAAGAUGCCUUGGUUGACUUUGAACAGGAACACUACACUUCGGAAACCGAUCCAUAUUUCAUAGAAGACCGUUUCCUGAAUAGCUUUGAGGAAUUACAAGCUGAAGAAUGUGGAAUUCUGAAUGGAUGUGAAAAUGGACGUUGUGUCAGGGUGCAGGAAGGAUAUACCUGUGACUGUUUUGAUGGCUACCAUUUGGACAUGACCAAAAUGACAUGUGUUGAUGUGAAUGAAUGCAAUGAACUGAAUAAUAGGAUGUCUCUGUGUAAGAACGCCAAAUGCAUCAACACUGAAGGAUCUUAUAAGUGUGUGUGUCUUCCGGGCUUCGUCCCUUCGAGCAGGCCAAACUACUGCACACCCUUGAACUCAGACCCAGAAAGCGACCUGGAGUGAGCAGCUCCCUGUGAUUUUUAAGUCCGUAUAUUCUGCACUGUAUAAACAAAAGGCAACAGAGAGAAAAGCAUAUUUAACUUGUGUUAAGGAUGUGCCUAAUCCAGAGGCUGGCUAUAUAUGAAAAACAAGCAAUAAAAUAUCUUCUUAAAAGUGAAAGGUGAUGGUUUAAUAGAUAUCAUCUUCACUAAAGCAGCAGACCAAAUGGACACAUUUCCCUGUGUGGAAGAAGUAAUUAAAUAUACUAUGUGUUCAUAAAUGAAAUUCAUGGGAAUAAGCAAUAAAUGCUGUUAUUUUGAACAGAAGGGUUUGGGAAUUUGUUUCUGUUUUGUUUUGGGGAGGGUUGAAUUUUUUUUACUAUUGCUUGAUUUAUUUGGUAUAUAAUUAGUUGUGAAAAUAUGUUAUAGUCCUUCUUCAUUUAGCAAAUCUUUGCCUAAUGUUCCUUUCAAAGCUUUUUUUUCCCCCUUUCAAUCCAGCUAUGGCAAGAUAAGCAAUUUUCCAAACACAAACAAAGAAAUGUUCAUCUUUGUCUGGAACAUUGGCCAGUGACUUUUAAAAAUUGCUAAAUGACUGCCCUGUGGAGCAGGCACUGUUCUUUAAAAGAAUGUACAGUCCAUGGAGAGAAAUGUCUUUUGUAUUCCUUUUGUACUUCACACAGCCUUUUACUGCACUUACCAUGCAUUACAGCCAAACUUGCCAAGUUUCAAAGCUGCUAGAGGAGUUCCUGUUUUUAUUGUAAUAUAUAAAUUGAACACAGAUCUUGCAUUGGUUACCCUAACAUAUUAAAGCUCAAUAAAAUCUGUUUUUUAAGGAAAAAAGGUGUGCCCUGUUUCUAAAGUGUCCUUUUAUUGCCUCUAUUUUUAUUGCAAUUAAUGUGACAUAAGUGACAAUAAUUAUUCAAGUUCUGCGGUUUGUUAUUGUAGGGUUUGUCUUUCUUGAUACUUUCAUGACCAUGGCAGAUUUAAUCCCUUCCCAAUCUAUUUGGAUGGAAAAGUGGGCUGCAGUUGUUUUUCAAAGGAAUUCUGAUUCAUUCACUAUACAGAAAAUUGGGCAGUCUGCAGACCUUAGCAUAUGCUGAGUUGUUUCAUGCACAAUUACAGACUCUACAAAUGGGCAUUGAAAUGGACGACUCAUUCAUUAUUAGAAUAACCCUAAUAUUCAGUAGGUAAAAAGCAAACUAUCACUGAGAUCAAAAAUAGUAAACCAUGUUUUGUUUCAAGUGUGAUUGCCAAAUAAGCCACAAUUAGGUACAUCCAUUAUUAAACCACAAAUAAUGGUUUAUAAGUAAGCUACAAAGACUGAAUCCACACAACAUAUUACAAAAAAGGCACAUUAUAGCCUGCAAGUUCAUCCAGUCCAUGAAUAGCUCAUCUU